UUCACCGCGGACAGAAGGGGAGCUGUGACCGGCACCGAGCAGCGGGACAGUGCGGGCUGCCUUCUCUUUUGGAAACAACCACUUUGGGGAUCCCAGUGAAACUUGUGAGGAAGACUCCACGGGUCAGCAUGACAUCUCUCACCAACUCCGCGUGCCUCCUCUUCUUGCCUGUUGCUCUGCUCCUGAUACCGAGCUCGUGCCCUGUUGCUGCAUCUUCAGCCAGAAGGUGUCACUCCAUCUAUAAGGGUUUCGCUCAGUGUCUGAUGGCUCUGGGCGACAGUCUCACGGACAACGCCCGCAAGGAUGAAGACACACACGAGAUACACUCCAUCUGCAGGUCGUGGGACCAGUUCCAUGACUGUGCCAACAUAGCGAUGGCCGGCUGUCCAGAUGAAGCGGCAGCGGUGUGGGAAUCUCUCCGCCAGGAAUCCAAGAAGAUGCAGUUCUCCGGAAACCUGUACGACAUGUGCUCCAGACGCAACUACCACCCAGUGGCCUCGGUGUCCCCGCACGGCUCGCCCAACAAGGAGGAGAUCAACCAGGAGUCUCUAAGAGGGUGUGCUGAUCAUCUUGGAGGCUGCCUGCAUCUUCUCGUGCUACUGGCUCCUCUUCUGAUGCUGUUGCUUUAGAUAUAGCUACCCCAAAGACUCGUGUGAAUAGAUAUAAACUUUGUGUAUUUCUUCUUUCACAACUCCAUAGACUUUCCACAGUUUUUUCCCCUCUGCUCUGCCAGGGGUUGAAUAUUUCUGACUGCAUGUUAGCCUGACAGUCUUUUUGAUAUGUACCUUUAAACUGCCUGUGCUGUUUCAUGCAUAUUCUCUGCCUUUCAAUUAUCUUCUCUAUUGGAAAAACACAAAAUGAGAUGCACAACCACUGUGCAAACAGACCUGAAACCCACAUAGUUAAACGGAUACAUACAGCAGCAUUAUGUCAUCUGUCGUUAUCCCCUAUCCCCCAACAUCUAUAGUUAGCUCGGUUAUAUCUGUUUAUCUUCCUCAAUGUAAUCAGAGGGACAUAAUAACGUCCUACUUGAUAAACCCUAAAUGAUGAAGAGGCUAGAUGCCACAACCCGCUUUACUCAUACAUUUAUCAGCUUGAAAGUAUGAAGUAUUUGAUAAUUAUGUAAAUCUAUCAUGCCUGGCCUGCUACUGUACCUAGACCGCAGUUUGACUUACGUGCUGCAAGAAGUCUCCAAUUGGCAAACGUUUCACCCUCCCCUUCCUGUCGUUGAUUGCCUAUGUUGAAGCCCCACUUUCUGUCACCAAGAGGAGGAAAAACCUAAACAAAAAAAAAAGUUUUUGUUCAUUUUGUGGUUUCCUUUAAUGAUUGAGGAACAUUUUCUAAAAUGUGACACACAAAGCCAAAAAAGCAAAUAUAGACAGCUGUGCCCAAUAGUGUGAAAUGUGUCUGUAAUGUUUUUUGUCUUAGCCCUAGGACAAUGUCCUUGGUGGUUUUAAUUACAUUCAGUCAACCUCUUUCUGCGAUUUCGGUCAAGUUUUAGUUGACUGAGUAUUUUAGUCUUAUCUUGGUCAGGCAAACAGUCUUUCUUCUCAGCUUAUAUUGAACAUUGCAGUCAAUCUAGUCUA